GGGGUGGAUCGAGGAGCUUCCAUCCGAGCGUCCAUGUCCACGGCGGCCGGCGAUCUCCCGGCGGCGUCGACGAGGAGCGAGAGGCGGAAGGAGCGGAAGAAGGAGCGCCGCCGGCGCGCGCGCAGGGAGGCGGCGGCGGCCGCGCGGGCUGCAGCGGAGGCGCUCGCCGCCGACCCAGAGGAGGGGCGCCGCCUCCGAGAGCUCGAGGAGGCCGACGCCGCCGCGUCCGACCGCGCGCGCCGCGCCUUCGAGGACGCCGAGCGCCUCUGGCUCGAGAAGGCCGCCUCGCGUGCCGCCGAGGAGGCAGCCGCGGCGGCUGCGGAAGAAGAGGCGAGGGCCGCCGAGGCUUCCACACGCGAGAAGUUUAACGAUGACCACAGAGACGAGACAGAAGACGAUGGGGAAUGGGAGUAUGUUGAAGAUGGACCAGCGGAGAUCAUAUGGCAAGGAAAUGAAAUCAUUGUGAAGAAGAAAAAAGUCAAAAUACCAAAGAAGGCAGAGGAUAAACCACCAAGUCAAGAGGAAGAGAGACCUACAUCAAAUCCGCUGCCACCUCAGUCUGUAGCUGUUGCUUCUCAGAGGAGAGAACCUUCCUUGUCUGCUCGAGAACUACUUGAGAAAGUUGCUCAAGAGACUCCAAAUUUCGGAACUGAACAGGAUAAGGCCCAUUGCCCAUUUUACCUCAAGACAGCAGCUUGCCGCUUUGGAGUUCGCUGCAGCAGAGUUCAUUUCUACCCUGACAAAUCAUGCACAUUGCUCAUGAAAAACAUGUAUAAUGGUCCGGGCCUUGUUUUGGAACAAGAUGAAGGGCUUGAGUUUACAGACGAAGAGAUUGAACAGAGCUAUGAAGAAUUUUAUGAAGACGUGCACACUGAAUUUCUGAAAUUUGGUGAACUUGUUAACUUCAAGGUAUGUAGAAAUGGGUCAUUCCAUCUUCGAGGAAAUGUCUAUGUGCAUUAUAAAGCCUUGGAUUCAGCUCUUCUUGCCUACAACAACAUGAAUGGUCGAUAUUUUGCCGGGAAGCAGAUAACAUGUGAGUUUGUUGCUUUGACGAAAUGGAAGUCAGCGAUCUGUGGUGAGUACAUGAGGUCAAGAUUCAAGACAUGUUCACAUGGAGUUGCUUGUAAUUUCAUUCAUUGCUUUCGUAACCCUGGGGGUGAUUAUGAAUGGGCUGACUGGGACAAUCCUCCACCUAAAUACUGGACUCGGAAGAUGGCUGCUCUGUUUGGUCCCUCAGAUGAUGCUGUUUUCGACAAAGCGAGUGAUACCCCAGAUUUUGAACGGUUACACAGUUCAGAUAGGAAGAGACUGAGAAGUUCUGAUGACAGGUAUAUUUCAAAUAGAAAUGGGGAUGGAGAUGCACAUAAACGGCACUCAUCAAGAGUUUUUUCACAUUCGAAGCAAGAGCAGAGCAACCAUAUCAUGAAAUAUGGGCAUACUCGACAUAGAAGAGAACCAUCUGCACCAAAUGAGCGACGAGGCCAAGAGAUUGAAGGUGAUAUUGGCAGAUACUGUUCGCCCAUGGAAAAUGAAAGAGCGUCCCAAGCACAUAAGCAUGAAGAGAAACAUAGAGAUGGCCAUGGCGAUGCAGCACGUGGAUACAAUGGUAAAAUCAAGUCCAGGAAGCACAGAUCUGAACGGCACGAAAGUCUGGAGUCUGGAUGUUCUGAUUGGCCUUCAGAAUUUGCUGAUGCAGGCACGAGCAGAAGUCCUUCAGGCAGCAAGUCCACCAACAGGCACAAUAAUCACAAAAGGAGCGGGAGGCGAUCCUCGGAUGAUCCCAAUCUUGAAAGGGGCUACUCCGCUGCGGACAAAUCAUCGGGGAAAGCACACAUUGCCAAAAGCAGCUCGAGACAUUACGUAGAAGAUGACUCCUAUGGUGAGAAAGGUAGUGGAAGAGGCAAAUCUGGAAAGCACGGUGAUCAUUGCGAUGACCCUGAUGAUAGAUGGCUAGCAACAAAUAGUGAUGUUGAUUCAGAUGCAGAAGCUCAAUUCCCGAGGUCAAGCAGUGGAGUUGGUAAAGGUGGAAGGAAUGAUAAUGCUCCUCCAGUUGAGGAUGAUCGUUAUCAAAGGUCCAGCAGCAGGUCUGCUAGGUCAAGAGCGAAGGAUGACAAGAGCAGCAGGAAGAGGAAGAAGCACCACAGGGAAAUCAGGAAGAACAGCGAUAGCGAUGACGACGAUCCCUCAGAUUCCAGUGACGUUCGGGAUUUGAGCCUGCAUGCAAGGAGGAGUCGGUCAAGAAGCAGCGAGGAGGGUCUCUCAUUGCACAAACGGAGGAAGGGUCGCCGUGGUCAUGAUUCGUGGUGCAGCUGAAAUGUCUGAUCAUUUGGUCACUAGACUGGCGACUUCGGAUUUUGGACGAUAAAAGAAAAUGUGGUAUAGAUGCGAGUAGCUCAUGCAGUGGUCCUCGCCAGCCUUGCUUUCUUCUCCUUUUCUUGUGUUCUCUUUGCUGAUGAGGUUCCUUUUUCGGGAUAGAGAUUUCUUGCAAAACAGAAGGCUUGUAAUGGUUUUGCUAAUUUAGAGUUGUUCACACCUCACCCUUGGUCCAGCCCUGGAAUUCCACCGGCUAUAUGUUCGCCACACUUGCUAUUGAAUGAAAAGGCACAUCUUCAAAACA